CAGCAAUGGCGUCCACAAGUGCAGGAGAAGGCCCUUCAAGAUUCCCUUCCUGUAGGACCCUGUUGAAGUGAAUUUCAGUGUGGAGUUUAUCACACUUGGGAGAAAAUGUGGUAACGGAAUUACAUCGGUGACGGAAUUACAGACAUCAUGCCUUUGGAGCCAAAAGAAAAGAUGCGGCGAUACCGUGAAAGGCUGAGGCAAAAUGAUGAAAAGAUGGAUCUCAUCAGAAAAAAAGACCGUGACCGAAAACGAUCCAAGAAGCUGAACAUGACAGCAGAGGAAGCUUUAGCAGAGCGGGUAAAAAAUCGAGAGAGGGUUGCCUCAUUCCGCACUAAGAAUGGAAGAGGUCGUCGGGGGAGAAAGCGCAAAGUGGAGGAGGAAGAGGAGAAAGCAGCUGUAGUGGAGAAAAAGAAUGCAGCGCACGAGAGCAGUCAGGGAGGCCAAAGGGUCAUUAUUGAACACUGCAAAAGCUGACGAGUGUAUGGGCGUAAUGCAGAGGAGGUGAAAUCUGCCCUCUUGGCUGCGCGUCCUGAUCUAACUGUCAUCAUCAACCCUGAGAAACCCCGCAGGAACAGCUUUGAGAUCACUCUGCUACAGGAAGGCAAAGAAAUUUCACUGUGGACUGGAAUAAAGAAGGGUCCCCCUCGUAAAAUGAAGUUCCCGGAACCUGAAGCAAUAGUUGCUGAUCUGCAGGAGGCUCUUGAGGACAAAUAGAUGCCUGGUGAUGCCAGAGAUGUGGACUAUGGAAGCAAAAAUGAUGAGGAGUGACUCAUGGGAUCUUCUCAGUCCCUCCUUUGAUAAUCCAAGCUCCUACAGCUCACAUCACCUGGAUACAUCAUGACAUCUAGUGGAGCGUUUCGGCACAUCCCAGUAUUUGUCAUGUUCACUGUUUUUAGUCCAUUUCUCAUUUGUUGGCAGUUAAUAAAGUGACUAAUUUUUUCCCCAUUUA